AUGAUUGCGUGCAGGCGUGCACUCCAUCGGCGUCUGCUACGGCAUGCUGGGCAACAACCUCCGUCCAGCAGCGACGUGGUGCAGCUCUACAGGUCCAAGGGCAUCAACGGCAUGCGCAUCUACUCCCCCAACGCCAACGCGCUCAACGCCCUGCGCAACUCGGGCAUCGUCCUCGUGCUCGACACCGGCAACGGCGACGAGCUUAGCCGGCUCGCUGGCAGCGCCUCGUAUGUGGCGUCGUGGGUGCAGAGCAACGUGAAGCCCUACUACCCCGCGGUGAACAUCAAGUACAUCGCCGUGGGCAACGAGACUGUUAUCAGAUUACGAUGCCUGCGCUCGAGAAUCAGCCUGCAUCGUUCUGACCUUGUGCUCGAGAAGUUCCGCUGCCCCCGCCUUCCCCUGUUUUCGACAAAAAUUCUUAUCAGUGAAAAGCCUGAUUUAAGAAAUAGGCACAAACAACCCCGCCCGGAGUACGAAAUCAAGGAUAUUGAUAUCCAAAAUAUAGUUGGGUGUCUAUAA